AUAAGUAGUUAGAAACUAGCUUUCUAGCUAAUCCUAAACUAUACGUGCCAAAGAGAAAUCCAUCCAUAUUUCAUCUUGAAAUGGCUUUCACCAAGCUAGGUCAACCUACAACUCCUUCCAUUAGUACUAGUUCAAAACGAAGAUUCAUAAUUUUAUUCCUUCUCUUCAUCAUCUUCUUCCCUCUCCUCUUCCUCAGUAGCGCAUUCUUUCCCAAUCCUCAACAUCUUGAUGAUGUUGUUCAUCUUCAAACUCAUCCCACUUUCUUUAACCCAAACAAAAUCAAACCUCCUAGAUGGCUUAAGGUCAUUCAUGAGACCCAUUUAUGGCCUCAUGAAACCCUUAAGAUAGGUUUGGUGAACUUCGAGGAUCAAGAAGAGUCCCACCUGAAACUAGGUGGGACUGCAGAGUCUGUAAUCAUAAAUUUUGAGUCAGUAGUCUCAUCUAAUAUCACCUGGGAAGAUCUCUUCCCAGAGUGGGUAGAUGAGACGAAACCUCGAGGUUCGUGCCCAGAGAUCCCUAUGCCAGAGCCAGGGAAGUACUCUGGGCUAGAUGUGGUGGUGGCUCAGUUGCCAUGCAAGGAAGUUGAGGAAGAAAUAGAUAUUCAUGGGAAUGUUAGGAAAGCAGGAAUGAGAGAUGUGGAUAGGUUGCAAAUAAGCUUGGCAACUGCUCGUCUUGUUGUAGAGAAUGGAAUUAGCCAAGAGAAUAAGGAUGUUUAUGCUGUGUUUAUUGCAAAAUGUGAGCCUAUGAUGGAGUUAUUUAGGUGUGAUGAUUUGGUAUGGCAUAAAGGGGAUUAUUGGGUGUAUAAGCCUAAUGUAGAAAAGUUAAAGGAGAUGAUUAGGAUGCCUGUGGGAAGUUGUGCCCUUGCUCAUCCUUAUGUUGGAAAUUCAGGUAGUAGACAAUUGCAAGCCAACACAAAUGAAUUACCUCAUGAACUUCAACUUUUGACAAGAUCACCAAGCACUUAUACACGUAAAGAAGCCUAUGUAACGGUCCUUCACUCAUCCGAAGACUAUGUUUGUGGAGCCAUAGCUCUAGCACAAAGCAUUCUCCAAACUAACACCACCAAGGACCUAAUUCUCCUCGCGGACCACACCAUUUCCUAUCAUUCAAUCUUAGGCCUUCAAGCCGCGGGUUGGAAGAUUAAGCGAAUUGAUCGAAUCAAGAGUCCUAGUGCCAAGAUUGAUGCCUAUAACAAGUGGAAUUAUAGCAAGCUUAGGAUAUGGCAAUUAACCGAGUAUGACAAACUCAUGUUUAUCGAUUCUGAUUUCAUUGUACUUCACAACAUUGAUCAUUUUUUCGAAUUCCCACAACUCUCGGCUGCACCUAAUGACAAUUGGCUCUUUAACUCCGGAAUCAUGCUCCUAGAACCAUCCGAGUGCUUCUUCGACAAUCUUAUGAGUAAGCGUUACACCCUUAAGUCCUACAAUGGUGGUGAUCAAGGGUAUUUGAAUGAAGUCUUAACAUGGUGGCAUAGGCUAACACUUAAGAUAAACUUCUUGAAGUUUUUUGACAAAGAAGGUGGAGAUAGGCUAGUUCCUGAGGAUCGAUACACGGUCCAUUUCCUAGGGACAAAGCCAUGGCUAUGUUAUAGAGAUUAUGAUUGUAAUUGGGAUAGACAAGAUUAUCAUCUCUUUGCAAGUGAUGAUGCACAUGCAAGGUGGUGGCAAGUGUAUGAUGCAAUGCCUAAUAAGUUGCAAAAAUAUUGUGGGAUGACAAGGAGGCAGGAUAGAGGUGUUCGCAAUAGAAAAGCAAAUGCUCAAAAGGCAGAUCUUUCUGAUGGACAUUGGAAGAUUGAGCUUAAGGAUCCUAGACAAUAUGAUUUAAUGGAGUCUCUUUAAUUUGAGAUGUGGAUUAUGUUCAUGCAUAUGAUCCUCAUUUCCCACUUGUUGUUAGUCUUUUUCUUUUUGUGAAUUUAGAUUUUUAUGAUGAUUUUUUUCUAUCACAAAUAGUAGUUUAUAUGCAGCUUAAUACACUAGUUAGAAAGAGGAAAAACAAUCCACUUUAAGGAGGGAGAUGUUAACUACAUUGCUUCCUCAGUAUUAUCUUUAAUUUCACUAUAAGUUUUAAGAGCACAUAUUGUAAAAACGCUCUCUUGAUUGCAAGAGGGAAUACAAAAAG